AUGAAUGAAUGGAAUACCUAUGACAGUAUAGAAUCUCAUAUCCAAAACUUGAUGGAUGUAUUUGGUAUCGUUAAGAGGUAA